AUGGAUCUUCUUAUUAGACUUUUCAUAAUAUCGGACUUGCGAAUCGGGAAGGUUGUUAAGACCCUAAGAGAUUUGAGUUUCAAUAACGUGCCAUUGCUGGUUGAGGUAUCCAUUUACAAGGGGGGGACUUUUGCUGAAUUCAUAAGGCUUGCGUUCAGUCAACUCUCAUGCCGUCUUUCUCAUUUAGAGACCCUGAAGCUGGAUAUCAGGCAAGCUGUUAGCAUACUUAUCCCAUGUUAUUUGGUUGAGAUCAAAUAUUGUCGCGUCCCUUACUCAGUUAUUGUUGGCUUUCAGGUCUACAAUCAGAAUUAUGCGUUUCCCUCGUUAUCAAAUCUAAAGCAUUUGGAAUUAUUAGUGGAUGCCGACUACUGUCUGUCCCUUGGUCGCUUAGCUUCUUUCAUGAAGGCAGCUCCUGACUUGCGCAGCCUUGUUUUGGGGUUGGAAUUUGGAACCUCCAACGAGGACAUGGCAACUAGAGAAAGUUUCCAAACAACCCCAUCACUGCCUCAAGGUGGUAGAAAUAGCAGGGUAUCGGGGUCACAAGUGUUGCGUAAAGCAUGUCAGGUACUUGGUGAAGAAUGCUGUUGCACUGGAGAAGAUUGUUAUAAAUCCUAUCCGGUUUUGGUGUUGGCCUACGGGAAUGGAGAUCAAUUACCUACUGGAGAACGAGGAAGCGAAUGCAAGAGAUCAUGCCAUCCAACACCUCAAGGAAAAAGUGCCUGCUAGUGUAGAAUUUGUGUGCCUGUAGGAGUGCAGCGCCGCAGUGUUUUU